GGGAGAAAGGGAGGAUGAUGACAACAUAAUUAUCACUAGGUUGCAGUAACAAAGCACUUUUACCUUGGGAAGAUGGAACUGCGUGAGAUUUUAGGAGAAGUGAUUUGUUUUGACAUCGACAGUAAAGUCAGGAGCUCAAGCGAAUGGCUUUGAAGGGGAUGACGAAAGGGGACUUCUCUUUGUUUGGAGGCUUAUAGAACACCUUGACUUCAGGAGGGCUGAAGGAGCAACCGGAAGAGACAAGUUACCAAGACCAAAGAGAGAACAUUUUAGUUGGUGUUUUUUGGGGGGAUUAUGAGGAUACGUUAGGUUCUUCAAGGUGUUGAAACCAGAGCACAGUUGGAGUGGAGGGUUUAGACCUGUCUUCUUCUGCUGGAUUGUAUCUUACAAUCCAGAUCCUGGAGGGUGUUGAUGAGUCAGGUGUCAGAGCUGUCUGUUUUAAUGUUAGGGAUCUGAAGAACAGACCGUUUCAAACCAAGACGGUGGUUUGGUUUCUUCAGAGAGCUAAUGAAAAACCCAGUUAAAAUGGAAAUCUUGACUCAUUUAUGCCUAGUUGGACAUGAAGCGAGGAGCUCUGGUGCAUGGCUUGGAGAGAAGGUUCAAAGCAAGUGUUUAGUGGUUGAGCGGGAUGAGGUAAUAUAGCCUAGUUUUGCAGGUGCAGUUUUUUUGAAUGAAGUUGAAUGAGCUUUUGGCAGAUUUGAAGAGUUGGACUACAUUGGAGAGUUGAAGAUGGAUUCAGAGAUGAGUUUGAUGUAGCAAGGAAGGGAAGGUGUAGGUAGUUGUGGGUAAAAUAAUGCAUAAUGUCGGUGUGGCAUUAGUGUCAGUCGAGUACAGUGAUCGGGGGACAGGAUUUGUAGGUUGUUUAGGUAAGGUUGAAGAGUUAAGGUCCAUAGUUCGGGUUGAGAGUGAGGGAGACUCUGGGGUUGGUUACCAUGUUCCUGUAUUGGAAGAAGAGGGGGGCGUAUGAGCUGGAGACCCUCCCCUCCUACCUCACCGAGCAGGUGGCAGAGCACUACUCCUGGUCUUCCUCUCUGGACGUCAUCCAUGAUCUGUGCGACGAGAAGCCUGUUCAGGAGGAGGACUGGGUGGUGUGCCAGCACCCUGAGUGCCCUGACCGUCGACAGGCCUCGAAGGUGUGCCACCACCCAGAGUGCCUGGACCUGAACAACAAGAGCCCUCUUCACCUUUGUGAGUCAUGUGACUCCCGCUGCCACCCGGAAGACACAGAAAACAUGCACUUUGACCGACACCCCCGCUUUGACCUGCAAACCCAAGGUUCCAUCCUGGCCCGGAACGUUUCGACGCGCUCCUGUCCCCCCCGCACCAGCCCCCCCUCUGACCUGGAGGAGGAGGACGAAGGGGCCAACGACCGAGGGGAACGUAAAGCUGGGGGGUUGAAGUUGGUGAAGAAGAAACCACGGCGACGGCACACUGACGAUCCCAGCAAGGAGUGCUUCAGCCUCAAGUUUGAUCUGAACGUGGACAUUGACACAGAGAUCGUCCCCGCCGUGAAAAAGAAGACCCUGAGGGAGGUGCUAGGUCCUGUGUUUGAGCGUAAAGGUAUUGAGUUAUCCCGGGUAGAUCUGUUCCUGGACCAGUCCAACACUCCCCUGUCCCUGAACUUUGAGGCUUACCGCUUCGGUGGCCACUAUCUCAAGGUUAAAGCGCGGCCAGGUGAUGAGCUGAAGGUGGAGCAGGGGGUGAAAGACCUGCGGUCGCUCAGUCUGCCCAACAUGAAACCCUCCUUGGGGGAGCAGAGUCCUUACAUCCUUACCCUCUGUAGUGAGAGGGUGGAGCACGGAUCGCUUGGACGCAAGGAGAGCAACGUCGAUCUGCUGGUCAGUGCAGCCUCUACAGGUCAGGCACGUCGCAGGAAGAACAUAACGGAGUUCCUCGGGGACGCCAGCAUCCCGUCUCCGGACUCCCUGACCGCACUGAGCAGCUCUCUGUCCAGUGUGGGGGCUGGACCGGACAGUUGGAAGAACCGCGCCGCCAGCCGCUUCUCCGGCUUCUUUAGCUCCAACACUGGAGCAGGGGCUUUUGGCAAGGAGGUGGACCGCAUGGAGCAGCUCCAGAAUAAGCUGCAGUCGUACACUCUGUUUGGCCUUCCCAAGGUUCCUCCUCAGCUCUCCUUCCAUCACGACUCCUGGGAGGAGGAGGAGGAGGAGACCAGCCUCACCCUGGAGGACAGCUGGACACAGCUACUCGACAACCAUGAGACGUUGACCAGACGCCAGUUCCAUCAGCAGGAGGCGAUCUGGGAGCUCCUGCACACUGAGGCCACCUACAUCAAGAAACUACGAGUCAUCACUGACUUGUUCCUGUGUGGGCUGUUGAACCUGCAGGAGAGUGGUCUGCUGACGGAGGUGGAGCCUGCGCGACUCUUCAGUAACAUCCAGGACAUUGUACGUCUGCACACGGCCCUGUGGAACCAGGUGAUGCUGCCUGCCCUGGAGAUGGCCCGGCAGGCCAGAACCCUCCUCAACCCGACAGACCUCCACCAUGGCUUCAGGACGAUUGGCUCCAGGUUUAAGCCCUACAUCCGCUACUGUAUGGAGGAGGAGGCCAGUAUGGAGUACAUGAGGUCACUGCUCAGGGACAAUGAGCUCUUCAGGAUCUACGUCACGUGGGCUGAGACCCAUAAGCAGUGUAACCGGCUGAAGCUGGCUGACAUGCUGGCCAAGCCCCACCAGAGACUCACCAAGUAUCCCCUACUGCUGAAGGCUGUUCUCAAGAAGACGGACGAGUCGUCGUCCCGCGACGCCGUCAGCGGCAUGGUGGCGUGGGUGGAGGGCUUCAUCAACAGCGUGGACUCUCAGAUGCGCCAGCGGGAGGAGCAGCAGAAGCUAGCCGCCAUCUCUGGGCGCAUCGACUCCUACGAAGCAGUGGAGGGGAGCAGCGAGGAGUUGGAGAAGAUCCUGCGUGAGUUUAACCGCUUCGACCUGAUGGCUCCAAUGAGAGGCACAUCACCAGAGGAGACCAGACAGCUCCAUUUGGAGGCGGCACUGCGCAUGAAGGAGGGCAAAGACAGCAGGAUGGAGGUGUACUGCUUCCUGUUCACAGACCUGCUGCUCAUCACCAAACCAGUGAAGAGGUUAGAGAAGGUCAAGGUGAUCAGACAGCCCCUCCUCAUCCACAAUGUUGUCUGCAAGGAACUGAAGGACCCUGGCUCCUUCAUUCUCAUCUACCUCAAUGAGUUCAAGAGCGCGGUGGCGGCCUACACUUUCCAGGCCAACAGCGCCACCCAGGGGCGAAGCUGGGUUGACGCCAUCUGCAACGUCCAGAACCAGCUCCAGAGAAUGCGGACUGAGGAGGUUCUCAGGCAGCAGGUCACCCUACAGCGCCGUCUAUGCGGAGAGGAAGAGGAGGAGGAAAACAAGAGCAGCAACUCCACUUCCAGCUCCCCCUGCAUGAGGAACAAAGAUCAGCAGGGACCAAGUCAUUCGGAUUGCUCCACAGAGACCCUGUCAGUCAUGGACAUAGGAGAGGAUUCAGGGGAGCACCAAAACCCCUCAGCCACAAGCACAGACUCAGGAGGACCCUUAGAGAAGAGCCUAGACUCGGGCACAGUUACCCCACCUACUGGGCCUGAGCCCCUGCACUGCAACCCUGCCAGCCCCCAGGACAAUCUCGCCGACCGGGACCCUGAGCCAGAGCAAGAGGGUGUUAUGGAGGGAGGGGAGGUUGAGCUGGAGCCUCAGUGUCGCUCUCUGUCCAUGGACAGUGCCUACGGUACCCUCUCCCCAGAGUCCCUACUGAGAGAGCUGGACCUGCAGACACGACCAGGCCAGAGCAAGGGAGAGGAGACUGAAGAGGAGGGAGGGAUAGAGGGACAGGAGGUGGGGGUGGAGGUGGAAAUGGAGAGCGAAAAGGUGGUAAUGAAACUGAUGGAUGAGGAAGUGGAGAAGGAGGAGGAUUCAACCUCUGUUGGUUCCCAGCUGUCAGUGGUUCAGUCUUUGAAGCCUCGGCGACGCCCCCCGGUUACUGCCCGCCUCCGCAGCCUCCAGAGCCUAAACAUCAAGUCAAUUUCAGAGGACAACCUUCUGCAGCGUUUCCGUGACAACACCCCUGUCUCCCGGAUACAAACCCGCAGCCUUACAGCCCAGGACCAAUCAGAACACAGGAGCGAGAGGGCGGAAUGCCUGGUCCACAGUAAGAGCCUAUCAGCCCAAGACCUUACUGGGCUGUUUAAGACUGACCAAGACUCAGAGCCUGAGUAUGAGGACUUCCUGAGUAUGAGCAUGCCUUCUGGUAAGCUCUGUGACACCCUGAGGAAGGCGGAGGCCCGGCAGGUCCAGAGGGCUCUGGCUGCAGCUGAGGCCUGUGAAGGCAGCAAUAGCCAGGCUGACGGCAGCAGCUCAGAUGGGGAGACAGUGGGGGCGCCCUCUGGAGGACACGGGGGGAAGUGCAGUGAGUCGUUCACAGCCGGUUGCCCAGAGAAGCAGUCAUCGCCCAAAAGAAGGAAGACCCAUCAGCACAAGAAGCUGACCCUAGCCCAGCUCUAUAGGAUACGCACCACCCUAGUGCUCAACUCUACUCUCACUGCGUCGGAGGUGUAACCAACCAACUAGUGGCAACCUGACCACAAAGAGGAACCACACUCUAUGGAGUCUGCGUAGAGGGGACUGAAUUCCUUGUGACACAAAAGCACUCUCUCAAGCUGCCUUCUCCCUUUCCAUUGCCUGUUGGACAGUGUCUGCUGCACGGUUUUGCAAUCGGACAAUAAGAAUAUUCUUUGAUGUUGCAUUUGGUUUCAGUUUAUUGUGUGGGAUGGGAGGGAAAAGGCAAAGAGACAUUUAACUGCUUGCACUUUGUAACGGACGGACAGAGCGUCGUGGGUAGCUGAGGCUGGGACCUUUGGGAGGACAGUGGACUGGACAGUUACUGGUGUAGGGUAACACCCUAUCGGACUACCCUCUAAAAAGAGACUGAAAGAGGGGUCGUCCAGGCAUAGAUCUGCCUGCUUCUCUCUGCAAUGGACCGGAGUGAAUCAGAGAAGAUCUAGGAAAGGCUUGGGUGGCCCAAACACUCUAACUCUUAAAGAUGCACUCCGGGAUCCAAAUUCAUAACGUAUUGCACAAAUUGGUUUCAUGGCAUAUCACACGAAUUGCAACAUUCGAAUGAUAUAUAAAUUGCAAAAUGUGUAAUAAAUCACGAGAUGGAUGACACAGUAGACAAUUGGAUGACGUAGUACUCAAAAAAUGUGGAGCGCUUUUGGCUCAUGAGCACCACUUUCAAAACUACUGGCUGGAAUUAUGCAAAAGUUGGAGAAAUGCACCUUUAAAGUAACUACAAGAAAAGAAAAGGGCACAAUGUCUGAAAAAAAUUGCUCUCUAAAAUGUGUUUGGUGAUUUGCAGCAACUAGGAUGGCCUGGUAUAUGUUCUACUCCUGGUUUGCUUUGAUGAAAACAAUUAAAUGUUGCACAAUUGUAUCUUUUGUUCAAUAGACUAAUCACUAAAGGGAUGACUUUACAUUCACAAUGCACACUUAGAAUGAGUUGUGCGCGUGAGUGUGUGUCUGUCUGCCUGGGUGUGUGUUGUGGGUGUGUCUGUAUGUGAACGAUACAUUGUCCUAAACUCCUGAUUGAAUCAACAUGAUUUCUGUCGUGGUGUUCGUCCUCUUUGAGUGACAUACCCAAUGAUGUUAAGACCUAAGUACCAAGUAGAUGUCAAACUAAAAGUACACAUAACAAAAUACAGUGUUCCAGCAACAAGUAACAGCCACAUAUUGCGUCAUCAACUACUGUGUAUUUUCAAACGUACAGAGCCGACAAUUUAUUUUCAAAAUUGCCGCAUCUAAGCAUUAGAAUAGACCGAGUAAAUUCUGGCCUUAUUUUUUUUAUUUAAAAAAAACAACAUUUUCUACUAUGCUGGUGCAAUUUGUCAGUCAAUAGUGGUGGUAUGAUUUAACUACAAAGACUAAGAUACUGAAAUGGCUUCCUGUUCUUCAGUGUUUAGGAGCAGAAAGAUGAACCCUUGGUUAUUAGGUGGAAUGGAGUUGUUUUGGGAAAUGUAACUACACUAAAUGUAGAAAGAUUUCAGCAUGCACUUACAACCUGCAACCUACAUGGAACAAAUGCACGGUAGAAUGUAGUGAUAUGUAAAAGAGCAGUCUGUACACACACAAAAAAAUACUAUUCCAUGUAACAAUGAGCUUGGAACACCUUUUGAGACGUUUCAUAUUUUGUGUUCAUUUAAUGUAACACAUUAACGCAAUACAGUGACUUAAAGAGACUGAACAACGGUUUUGGGGUUGCAUAUGAUUUGUGAAUCCAUUUUCUUUGAAUGUCUUUCUGUCCACACUAACGGGAACAGUGAUUUGGCGGGAGCAUUGACCACCAUAGUACAUUGACAUGGUCAAACUGACGUUCAGCUUGUGUUUUAUUGAUUGAUUUAAUAUGCGUUCUCUCAACCCCUCCUCCUUGUCAAAUAUUGCCCAAACCAAAUAGUUUAACAUUUGUUUACUUCACCAGUUUUUGUUUAUUUGUAAUAUUUAUUAAGCUUGCCAUGUUUUAUAUAUAAAAUAUUGUUUAUAUUGUUUGAUUUCAUGACUUGUAUAUUUUGUGUUGGUGUACACUUAAUGUUUUUUUGUAUCAGGCAUGAUGAAUCUGCUAUGAACCAAAACUAUUUGAUCUCCCUUUCAGGAAUGUCUCUUAAGUGUCUUACCAAAUAAAAAAAAAGCAUCAAA